AUGUUUACAAAAGUAAAAAAUUACUUCAAAUCUCUAAGAAUGAGUAACUAAAUCAUUCUUAUCAACUUCUGCAUCAUAACUUUUACAGUUUUAAUUAUAUUAGUUACAUAUUAAGUUUAGUCAGCUAUCUUUUUCACUUUUAUUGAAAAGUCUUCUUAGACCUUAUCAUAAAAACAAGAAAAACAAUUAGUUUAACUCAUCUCUAAAACAGUAUAUAUAGCACAAAAAUUCUCAAAGUAUUUGUAAUAAUUAAUAUAUCAUUAUCAAAUUUACAACAUUCUAGUGAUUUUUUUUAGUAUGUUAAUUAAUCAAGAAAUCGAUAUAGAGUGAUUUAAAUUCAAUUUUAAGAAUGCCUUGAUUAGGAAUAAAUAAACAUAUAGACUGUAGUUUAUAAUUCAGAUAUAAUAUGUUAAGGAUUUGAAAAAGUAAAAUCUAAUGAUUAAGGAUAAUUUUUAAUGAUAUUUUACGUUUACUCAGUCCAUUUACAUAAUUAUUGUUGUUAAUGAUUAUUCAAAAAUAUUGUAUUUUGAUAUUCCUAAAGCUUAAUAUUUUGGAUCUUUUCCUGCAUCAAUCAAAUUUAAGAAUUAUAGUUUAUACACAAGACCUUGGUAAUUAUAGAAAUAACUUAUAGGUAUAUUAAUCAUAUGACUUAAUCUUAAAUAUAUCCAAAUUCUAGUUACUUUUACUCACCUAUCUUACUAUCAGCUCGUGAUAACUUACCUUUUUCUGCAUUGAGAUAUUCUCUUAGAGGCAAUGACUAAAUGUUUGGAAUUGCAUUAUAAUUAUUACCUAGACCUGAUAAUAACACCUUUAAAUAUCUUACUUGUACAUUAAAAUGGUGAUGUAAUUUUAAGUACUAUAGAGACUUUUCAUUAACUUACUGAAUUGGUUAGAAUUACUAAUACAUCUUAUACUGGUUUUAAUGAAACUGAUUGGCAAACUAUUCAAUAGAAUUCAAUGAUUAAUCAAAAUAGGGAUCUGAAAUUUUAUUUAAUGAAUAAGAUAUAUAAAAUAUCAGUAUUUGUCUAUACAUAUUUUAUUCUGAAGGGAAAAUUUAACUAUGAUAGUGUAUUACAUUAAAUUAUUUUUAAAUGUUUUAAGAAUAUUCAAUGGGAGAUUUCAGAUGAAAUUUAAUUACUUAUUGAUAAUUUAGAGUUAGAAUUGAUUCAAUAAAUUUAAAUCUAGAUUGGAUGCUGUGCAUUUUUACUACUUGUAACAGCAAAUUUAAUUAAAUGUAUUUCAGCACCAUUAUUAUAAUUAAUAUUAGUUAUUAAUUAACAUGUAAUGAAAAUAAGUAAUAAUUUAAAUUCAGAAAUAUUUAAAAUUGCUUUUAAAACAAAAACAUAAAUAAAUUAAGAUUUAUUUUCUUCUUUGGUAUAUAAAUUUAUGGCAUUAAAAGAUUUAUAAACAAAAAGAUCUUAAAGAAAAAGUAAUCUUUGUAAUAAAUGGAAUCAGUCUAAUAUAAUUUAAAAUUUUAAGAAACAGAUUCUAGCAAAAUCAAGGAAUUAUUAUAAUUAUUACCUUAAAAAUGAAUGGAAAAUUCACAAUUUAUCUUUUUUUUAUUUUAAUAAUAACAAUUUAAUAAAUAAUAAUAAACUAAUUCGGAAUUAAAUGUAAUAAAAAUGA